AUGCCGCUCCCGCCCCCAGCCCCCCGCGCCCCAGCGGCGCGCGCCAAGACUCAGAGGCCCCCGGAGAAGUCGACCCAGGCGCUGCUCUCCGGCUCCUGGCCCGCGGCCACCAGCAGAAGAUCCCCGGCUCCGGCCUCUCCGCGUCCCCCGGCCCGGGCUGCCCUCCCGCCCCCCGUCCGGUGCGCCCCGCCAAGCCGCGCGCGUUCCUACGACAGCCUCCCGCCCGGGGCCGCUCGCGCGGGGCCGGGGCCUGGGGGGACGCGCUUCGCCCUGCGGCUGCCCCCCGACUCCGCGUUGCUUGUCCAGCGGCGACACCUGGAGCGACAGCUGGCGCGCGCUCCCCGCUCCGCGUCCCCCGCCAGUGCCCGCGCCGCUCGCCGGCCGCCGCCCUUGUCACCGGGGAACCCGAGCUCCCCGCCCCGCGUCUCGCUCCUUAACGAACAGCACAAGUACGAGGACGUGGAGGACGAGGACGGGGCCCCGGCGGCCCACGAGCGCCUGGUGCGCAAGUGCACCGAGUGGCUGCGCGGCGUGGAGACGGCGACCACGCGGGACCGCGCCGCCCGGGUGGGCUCCCUGCCGCACAUGGGCACGCUGUGA